UAUUAGUGUGGCAGGGUCAUGAAGAAGAGGCGGCGGUGGGAGGAAGGAGGAGGUGGUGGGGGCGUGAACCUGCGGUAGCUGCCCGCUGGGCUGGUGGUGUGGCUGUGUGGAAAGGGCGUAGUUCUUAAUCCCUUCCCCGGGCAGCGGCCGGGGCUCGGGGCUGAGAGCGGCCGUGGGGCCGCCUCCCCGGGCCCCCUGGCUCCGCCAUGUUCCGCAGGGCACGCCUUAGCGUGAAGCCGAAUGUCAGGCCUGGUGUAGGCGCCAGGGGCUCCACCGCUCCCAACCCCCAACGCGGACAAGAGGCGCCCAGGCCCCCGGGUCCUGCAGCCUCCUCUCCCUCGAAGCCCGCGGAGUCUACGGAUGUACCGCCGGUGGAUUUCGGGGGAACCGAGCCGCAAGAAAAGCCUCUCAGGAGCAGUGAUGAAAAGACUGACAAUGAGAAUUAUGUUGAAGAAUCCAGUAAGUCUUCCUCUGCUGUUUCACAGAGAAGAAAGCGAAUAUCAAGUACUACUACUCUGGUUAAGCCUGGUGUUAGUGUUCCUUCAGAAUCUCAUCCCUUAUCUACAGUUAAUCAAGAAGUUCCACAGCCAAAGCCUGUUUCAACAAAAGAGAAACAGCCAUGUUCAGACAGAUACCGAAUAUAUAAAGCCCAAAAACUAAGAGAAAUGUUAAGAGAAGAAUUGAGAAAAGAGAAGAAACAAUGGAAAAACAAAUACGCCAUAAAUGAAAGUCAGAGGCCACCAGAUCGUUCAAAAAUGACUAUGAGAGAUUUCAUAUAUUACCUGCCAGAUAAUAAUCCAAUGACUUCUUCACUGGAGCAAGAAAAGAAAACUGAAAAAUCAUUGACAUCAGUCCAGACAAGAGAGCAAGAAGGUAAAAGUACUCCUGAUGCUGAAGAUCAUGAAGAAGUAGAAGAAGAAGUAGAUGAUGGGCCAUUGCUGGUUCCUCGAGUAAAAGUGGCAGAAGAUGGUUCUAUUAUUUUGGAUGAAGAAAGUUUAACUGUAGAAGUUUUAAGGACCAAAGGCCCCUGUGUUGUUGAGGAAAAUGACCCCAUAUUUGAGCGUGGUUCUACAACUACGUACUCCAGCUUUAGGAAAAACUAUUAUUCUAAACCGUGGUCAAAUAGAGAAACAGAUAUGUUUUUUUUAGCCAUCAGCAUGGUAGGAACUGACUUUUCUAUGAUUGGACAGCUUUUUCCUCACAGAGCAAGGAUAGAAAUUAAGAAUAAAUUUAAACGUGAAGAGAAAACAAAUGGAUGGAGAAUAGACAAAGCCUUCCAGGAAAAGCGCCCUUUCGACUUCGAUUUUUUUGCUCAUUUGCUUCAAAAAGUUCUUGCUGAAGAAGAGAAAAGAAAACAAAAAUCUGUUAAAAAUCAGAAUUCAAAGGAGAAGAAGUCUUCUAAACCACGGAAGAAUGUAAAAGCAAAAAAAGUUGCUGGUGAAGGAAGAAAUGAUGAUCCGGAUGAGUCUCUGAGCAGCAGAAUUUCAGAUACAGAACAGUCUCGAAAGGAUGCUCAGAUGGUUGAAGAAGAAGGGCAGUCUCGAACUUUAUCGGAACAGGAUUCAGAACAGAUUGCAUUAGAACCAGACCUAAAUCAAAAGAAAAAAAGAAGAAAGAAUCAGGAUGAAGUUGGUAAACAGGAAGUAGAGAAUCUUUCAGGAAAUGCCACUGUUCAGUUAGAUCAUUCUAAAGGAGAAAAAUACAUAAAUAAAGGUCAGACUUUAAGGCCUGAAAUAAAUGAAGAUGAAGGCAAUAAGGAACAAAAUCUUUCUUGCGUACAAAACAUAGAUGACAUUGUGGAUUUGUCCUCCAGUGGAAAAGUUGAGAAAAGAACUGAUCCUAUCCUCUUAUCAAGUGGUAAACAAGAUGCCACGCCAUUAGCAACCGAGACUUCCGAACCAAGCCCUUCAGAUUUGCCUUUAUCGGAAGGUGAAAUUAGCAUAUCAUGUGAGGUGAAUAAUGCUGGGAGUAGUUGUACAGAAGAAAGCAACAUUGACCUAAAAAGUAAACCAUUGGAAAUCCAUCAAUCAGGAAAUGUUAAACCGGUGGCAAGAAGACAACUGCAGAGACCUAAACCCAAUUUGUCACGGGCAGUUGGGAAGAAAUCUGUUCUUUCACAAGGUAAAACAGAGGCAGAGAGCAAGAGUUUACAUGCCGAAACUCCAGUGGAAAAGAAUCAAAUGGUAAAGGAUAAACUGAAAACAUCUGACAUUGCUGGAAUGGAGAAAACAGUGAAAGUGAACCCAGAAGCUGAGACCGUGUCUAAUUCUAGUUUGAGUGAAAAAAUUGGUGUUCAGGAUGAUGAUCAAACAAAGACUUUAAGACCAGCACGACUAAUGAGGGGCCGAUUGCAAAGGCCAAGGCCAAAUAUAGGUAAAGCUGCUGAAAGAAAAGAAAUUCUUACAUCACAGGAAAAAACUGAGGCCAAUGUAAAAAAGAAUGAAAGUGAAUCCUGUGUUGCUAGAGAUAGUCCUGGACGCGUAGAAGAUCAGUCAUGUAAAAAAUUUGAGUUUGAAGACAUCACAUCACAGCCUGAGAAAGAAGAUAAUAUUUUUCAAAUGAAUGUUAAUGAAUGUUUAAGUACUAAAGAAGAUAAUAAAGUCCCAGUUUUGAAGACUAGAUUUCAGAAACCAAAGCCAAAUAUAGGAAGAGGAACUAGGAGAAGAGACAUUUUUUCAAAGGAAGAGGUAUCAGAGGAGAUGGAUGCCUCUGGACAGUUCACACCAGCUUUGGGAGAGAUUAGGAGAGUGGAAGAAACCUUACCAAGGGAGAAGGUAUCAGUGGAGGCUAAUUGUACUGAGGAAACAGCGUCAUAUUUUAAAAAAACUAGGAGACGGGACGUCUCUCCCAUACAGAAGAUAUCCGAAACGACUGACAACACUGUGGAAAUGGAGACAGAUUCGAAAGAAACUGGAGGAGAGGUUUCCCUAAGGGAGAAUAUGUCAGAGGUAUCUGAUGUCAUUGAGGAAAGAGUGACAGAUUUGAAAGAAACUGGAAGAGAGGUUUCCCUAAAGGACACUAUAUCAGAGGUAUCUGAUGUCACUGAAGAAAGAGUGACAGAUUUGGAAGACACUAGAAGAAGAGAAAUAUCCCUACAGGAAGAUGCCCCAGAGGAGGUCAGCACUACAGAUGAAGUAGAAACAGGUUUGAAAGAAUCUAGAAGAGAGAUUUCUGUAAGGGAGAAUAUAACAAAGGUGAUUGAUGCCGCUAAGGAGAAAGAGACAUAUGUGGAAGAAACUGAGGAAAGAGAAAUAGACACACAAGGAAAGGCCUUACAGGUCAAGACUCCAGGUGAAAUGGAGACAGACUGGCCAGAAAUUGGAAAAGAAACUUCCCUGAGGGAAAAGGUACUAGUGGAGAUCAGUGCCUUAGGGGAAAGCAAGAGUGAUUUGAAAGAAACUGGAGAAAGAGAGCCUUCCCCGAUGGAAAACAUAUUAGGAAAGACGACUGCUAUUGAAGAAACAGAGGCAGAUUUGAAAGAAACUGGACGAAGAAUUUCCUUGAGGAAAAGCAGAUCAGGGAUUAGUGCUACUGAGGAAAUGGCUACAGAUUUGGAAGAACCUGGAGAAAUGGACAUUUCUCUAAGGGAACAUGGAGCAGAGAUCAGGACCUCACAACAAAUGGAGACAGAUUUAAUGCAGAGUAAUAGUGGUGGCUGCAGCACUGUGCCUGCACUGGAUAUUAAGAACAUUAGCAGUGAGGUACUAUCCAUGGUCCACACCCCUGAAGAAGAAAAAAGAAAUUCUGAAAAGCAACUGUCAAGCCACUUGGAUAGUUCGAAGACUUACUCGCAGACUUUGGAACCUGAUAAAACAAAAGACCAGGGGAUGCAGCCUCCAGAUGCUCCAGAGCAGUUUUCAGAUACUAAUUUAAGGAAAUCUCUUCCUCAAGAACAGAAGCCAUUCGAAGUUAAGCCAGCACCCUUUGUGAGAAGUCGAUUCAAAAGACCAAAACCAAACUUAGCAAGAGCAACUUUAAAGAGAGAGACCAAAGAAGCAGGAAAAUGUAUACCUGGGAAGAAAUUGGACACGGAUAAAGCUGAGACUGGUGUGUUACAGCAGAGCAGUGAACAGAUGAACACUCUCCCUUCCCAACAUGAUGUUGCGUCCCUAAUCACAUCAGGAGAAAAAGACAAAUCAGGUCACAGGCAGGAGGAGGUUGUGAUGAUACCAUGUAUACAGACUGAAAAGGACGUUACACCUUCAAGCUCUUACGGUCCUCAAGAGGAGUCUCAGCCUGUGCAAGCCCAGGAAAAGGAAUCAGUUGUUUCUUCUAUGGGGGCUGAUAAUAUAAACACUUCCCAGCAAGAAACAAAGGAAAGUGUUAUCCCAACCGUUCGAACAGUAAGGGGCCGACUUCAAAGACCCAGACCAAACAUAAGAAAGACUGGACAGAGGCACAUCGACAAAGGUGAAGUCAAAGGCAUAAUUGAGGAAGAAAGAACAGUAGUACAGAAAGAUGAAACUAAAAAACUCUCGACUAUGCCAAAUUCUCCGGUUGGUACUGAAGUUGAAGAUGUAUCCUCCAAAGUUUCUGAAGGUAGAAUGUAUGAAAACCAGAGUCACAUGGUUCUUGUAGACCCUCUUGACAUUAACAAAAUAAAUGUUUUAGAUGAAAAAACGAGACAUGAACCUAAAAGGUAUGUUCCUGGUCCAGCACAGUUGAUCAGAAGGCAAUUUCAAAAGGUGAAGCCAAAUUUGGGAAGAGCACAUGGUAAGGAAGAGGAACCAGGUAUAGAAAAAAACAGAGCAGAUCAGAAUGAGGCAAGGAAGUCUGACGAUAACUUGCUGCAGCCAGGAGAUCAUGACACCCAGCUCCUUAAAAAAGAAAAGGCUGAGUUUCUGACAUGUCUGGAGAUUUCAGCAAAAAAAGAUUGUGUAGAUUCCAGGGAGGUUAUUUUGGCCCAAAAAAAUGUUCAUUUAGAAGUUGGACCAUCAAGAAGUGUUGGAGAAAAAACUGUAGCCGACAAUUCUGUGUCUUCAGUUGUUGAAGAGCAGUCUCUCAGUAAACUAACAAGCCCUCCACAACUGUUAAAAGAAUCAAAUUACUCUAAAACUGCUCUAGAUCGAAGAACAAGUAUCUCUUCUGUUUCUGAGUGUGAGGUGGAUCAUGGUGGAAGGAAAACGCAUCGAAAGAUGAAACCAAAUGUCACCAGAGGGCGUGGAUCAAAACGAACGCGAAGUAAGGCCUCUAGGAAGGAGCCUCGUGCUUCCAAGUCCACGCUGGUGACUCUUCGGGCUUCUCAGGAAGAAGAUGAAGAUGAUGCUGAAGAUUUUGAGCCUGAUUAUGAAGAAGAAAAUUACCAUCUUGCUCCAGAAGAAGUAAACAAAGCUCCCGUGUUUGUUCCCAUUGGUCUCCGAUCUCCUGAACCUGUUACUUCUCAAAUCGAGGAAACGAUGGAAGAGCUUGAAAUAACUGUGAAUGCACCUGAUGUAGGAUGCAUAGCUGUUGUUGAGCACCCGCUCCCCAGCACAGAUGGGGAAAUAAAACAAGAAGAAAAUUUGAAGGCAUUUUCUAUUGCAAUGACCACAGGUGAACAUUCCCAAGAUGAAGCAGGUACCAACGACAGAAGCACCGAAGCUGCUAUAACUUUACUGACAAUGGGAGAUCUAGUGUUGCAGUCAGAGAAUCGUACAGAACAGAGUGACGGAGUAUGUGUACUUCUUGAUGUUCAUUCAAAGGAUAAAAGCUGUGUUCCUUUUAGCCCAGAUAAUGUAAAUCACAAAAUAGUUCGUGAAUGUCAGGAGCUUUCUUCACCUGUCAGUAGUACAUCUCCUUCAUCAUUAGAAGAAAACAAGAUUGUAUUGGAAGAGCAAAGUACUAAAGAAGAAAUUGGUUUAGUGGAGGAAGUAAAGGAAAAUGCUAUAUCAACCAGGAAUACAACCUCUGAAGUGACCAGUAAUUUGAGAAUGAGAAGUAGAUUUGCCAAGCCUAAGCCAAAUCUUAAGACUUUAAGGACUAGCAGGUUUGGCAUUCAUCAGGAAGUUCCCAAUUUGUUUGUCAGCCAAGGAGAAGUAGUAGAAAGUCAAAGAGAAACUGAGAAAAAUGGUUCUGAAGCAAUGGAAGAAUUACAAGAUAAAAGAUUUGGAUCACUUUCAACAGCAGUGAAUACGGAACAGAGCACAUCUGCAUGUGAACAUGGUAUUGAAGAGACGACUAUUUCUCAAGAAGCAAACCUAACUGAAAGAAAUGAUGAUCAUGAAGAGGAAUCUCAAAAGGUUCAGAUAUUUUCACUUGCUCCAAUUGUUUGCUCUGAGACAAAGCCCCAUACGCUUGGUUCAGAUAUUCUCAGUGAGAGUUCUGUCAAAGAGCCCGAGAGAGAGGACGCUAAUGGAGACGGUGUGCUUCCACUCCAUAUGUCAGAGUGUACACCAACUAGUAUGCCAGAAGUCCAAAAAGAAAAUGCAAUCAGUUCUCAAGACUUAACAGUGAAUCUAGUUGCUAAUGUACCUCAAGAUGGUGAGGAUGAACAAGCAUUCAUUUUAACUCUGGUGGAAAUCCCAACCAAUGCCAUAGAAGAAUUUGGUGAUACCACUGCCCAAUUAAUGCCAAACCCUUUACUGCCAGCGCCCAUAUUGAUCAAGUCCGUGAAUACAGAAGAAAGGAGUAACAUGAGUAUGAGUUUUCCAGUAACUUCAGUUGGUCAGGAUGCCAUGUGUUUAUCUGAUUCUGGAAGAGAGGAUUCUGAAAAGCCUCCUGCUAAUUUGGAUCUUAUAACUAGGAAGAGAUUUCAUUGUACGCUUGAUGAAAGUGACCAUGUUCCUCCUGCCAAAAAAAGUUCACUCACUUCAAGAGAUGAUUGUCAAAAUUAUACCUCUGAGGAGUGUUCAAAGGAAAUAAAUGUUGAGGAAACAGGGGAGUCUUACAAGGGACAAGAUACCUUCCCUGCCUCAGGAAGCACACAUACAACUUCGGAACCUCAGAAAGAGCAACUUGAACCAUCUUUGCAGAGUAUAGGAUCUCAGUCUCUUGAUGAAAGAGCAGAUAGGCAUACAGAAACGAGUACACCUCGGUUACCUCAGAAUGAGAUGAUUGUCUCUGGAAAGGAAGAGGGAACUGGCGGUGCUUCCAAGCCUGAACAAAUGGAUAGCACCAGAGCAGCUUCAAAAACUCCACUAUCCAGACCUGGCAGAAGACCCCUGGGAUUUUUGUCUUUAAUAUGUUCAAAGAACAGUUUGGACUCUGAUGAACCUACUCAUGUUUAUAAUAAGAAACGCAUAAAGCCCUUUAUACCUGCACUAAGGCAGAAUUUGAAAAGAUCAAAUCCACUCAAUGAAAGCCAGAAAAAAAUCCAAGAGUCCUCUGAGCUGCUUCCAUCUCCAAGUGUUGUUGUUAAUACUGAAUCUGAGAAUACUGGCAGUUCACCAGCUCAGGUUUCUUGUGAUCGUCCCUUACCAAAAGAAGAAUGUAAAACUGGCCAAAACCUGGCACCUAAAGAGGGGCCAACCACAGUCUCUAAAUAUUUUUUUAGUGAUAUCUUUAUCCAGGUGGAUGAAUCAUGAUAAAAGUCUUUUUUUUCUUCCCUUAAGUCUAGGAUUUUCAGAGUCAAUUAUAUCGACUAAGCAGUAUUUAGAAAAAAGCAUCACUGGCUAUUUUUCUUUAGGUUGAUUUUGAAUAUUUAAUGAGGUUGAUUUGUAGCUUUUAUAAUCAGUGGAAAACAUUGUUGAGGUUCCUUUCAUUCUGAGGGAUUCAGCAUUUUGGAAAUACAAAGCAAUUGAGACUGCUUCAGAGAUGGAAAUAGCUUCUCAUGUUUACAUUUUUACUCUUCCUGUGCUGAACACACAUGGACAUUCUGGAAUGUUGUGGAUAAAAUGUCUCUGUAUAAAUCACAGUGUCCAAGUAUUUGGAGGUGGAUUGUAUUUAACAUUUAGUGAACUUCUUUUGUAAAGGUUUUUUUUCUGGGAUUUUUUUUGGCAAGGGGGGUGGGGGUAGUUGGUUUUGUUUUUUUGUUGGUUUUGCUGAAGGCCUUUUCAGUUGCCUAUAUGAAAUGAAUAUGAAAGCAUAUUGUGAAACUCCGCUUUAGUAUGGUAAAUGUUAAAAACUUUUCUAUUUUCAUCUAUUUGACUGGAAAAUAUGUAUUUUUCUAAUUGAUGUUGAUGUAACAUUAGUCCUAAUUGAGCAAGUAAGUAGUAUUUAAACUUAUUAUUUAUAAACACAAAACAUCAAAAAUUUUAUUUAUUUUUAAAUUUUUUAUUUAAAAGAAUAUUCAGUUUUAAUUAUUUUCACCACUCAGAUUAUGGGUAAAGAAGGCAUAUUGACAAGUUUAUGUUUGUCCCUUUUCUCUCUUUAAUUUUAAAGAUAUUUAAAGUUAUAUCACUAAAGGUAUUUGGGUAGUAUAUGUUUUGAAUACAUCUUUUUCUCAUAGUUUAGUAUAUUGAAUUUGUACUGUGAAUUUUUGGUUUUUCUUAUUUCUUGGAUACUCUCAGGAUUUGUAUGGGGGGAAAACCCUUAAUUUAUGAGGGAGACUUACGUACAAAACUAGUCCCCUUUAUACACACAUGCACUCACAUUCCCUUUUUUAAAAACUGAUUUCUUGAUAGUUUCUCCCCUCCCAAAUUUUUAAAUUUUGCUUUACAACACUUAGGCCUUUAAGCACAGAACAUAAUUGUGAUGUUAAAACAGAAAACAUGAUGAUAAUAAUAAAACUUCAUUAAGUCAGUGAUCAUCAUCAGUAUUAAUUUAGGGGCUGUUUUUAAUUUUGAAGUUUUGUUACUUACAUAUGUAAUUCCAUUAUCCACUCAAACAAAUCUUCAGUGGUUUGAAUCAAACUUCUUAUAAAGCAUAUUUAAUCUUCUAUUUGAAAAGCCUCAGAGCAGGAGUCAGAAAUAUUUUCCACAAAAUAUUUUCGAACUUGUGGGCCAGAAGGUGUCUGUGGCAGUUACUAAACUCUGCUAUUUCAGUGUGCAAACAGCCACAGAGGAUACUUAAGUGAUCAACAUGGCUGGAUUGGGCUUUUAGUUUGACCCCUACGUUUUAUAGCAAUUUUCAUACCUUAAGGUGCUGACCUCUUUAUCUAUAAAAUAUUCAUCACCAAAGUUAUGAGUUGUGCAUCACAAUUAAAACUGUGUUGAUUGAUUGCAUUACAAAAUCAUCAGUAUUUUCAGCUGGGAAGAUACUUAGAUGUCUAGAUAAUUGUAUACUGAAAGACAUUGUGGCCAAUCUUUGAGUUCAUUAAUAAAAUAGAAUAUGGCUCAACAAGUAUAACAGUAACCCUAAAAUUGCUGUGUGAGCAUUUCUUACUCAUUGCUUUAUAGUGAAAUUUACAAUUUUCUUGUCAUAAAGGAGGAUCUAUAAAUCUGAGUGGAAAUUCUUGAUAGGUUUGCAUUAAUUUAUUUCAUGUGAUUAAGAUGUCACAAAAAUCAUGGGAUUAAAUUACAUUGCCAUUUUAAUGCCCUGCUUUUAUAAACAUUUUUUAAAGUCUCAUAUUCUGAAAUAGUUUCAUUCAGUUAAUGUCAGUUUUGGUGUUAAGUUGCCACAGUAAAACUUAUUGUUUUAUCCCUUGUGUAAUAUUUAUUUUUUUAACUUUGUUAACAUCUGUCUCGUUCAUCUAUAAUGAAUUAAUUUUAUGGAAGAUAUAACUUCUUACUGUAUAAGAAGUAAUUUUAUCUUUGGGCAUUCAUUGUGUUAGAGAAUCAAGUCAGCCAGCUAAAUUGUCCUACUAUUAUAUCCUUAAAACUAAUCUGGGAAAAUGAGAAACUUAAUCAGUGUCUUUACCUUACAGGGUGGCAAGAAUUAGUCACACCUGUAUUUAAAUAUAAGAUAAUAUUGUGAAGAAGAAUUUUAUAAAUCUUAAGGGAGGUAUGAAUAAUGGUGUUCAUUUCCUUGACUUUUCCUCCUGAACACUUAUAUCUUAGCAAGUGAUCAACAUGAUGGUUUAAAAGUCUAAUUGUUGGUAAAUGAUUGAGGCACAGAUAAAAUUAUGAAUAUCCACUGUUGACCAUGUUAUCUGAAAUAGAAGUGACCACGUAUAUACUCUCUUGCUUGAAUAAGUUUUUGACAAAAAGCAAUAGAUGUCAUUUGUAAAUUUUCUUGUUCUAAAGAAAGCAGUUAUGUUCUAUAGAUUUAAAUUAUGUAAAUAAAAGUUAUUUUAUACUA